AUCUGUGAGAGGUGAAACCCUCUUAAAGAUGCAAAAGGUUCCACCAGCCUCAACCUCCUUCACCUUUUCCACCACACCUGUGUGGAGGAAGUGUUUGUCCAACUGAAGGCCGCACUCUGAGAGCAUGGAUGCACUAAAGAUACCUGAGGCUGCGCAGCAAAAAGAAAAUAAUGAAAGCAAAGAGCAGAAGGGGAGUCCUGCACACUCCACCCUGGCUCUGAUGGACGGGGAGCCAGAAGAAGAAGACCCCUGGGACCUUCCCGAGCUGCAGGACACGGGGGUGCCGUGGUCAGCGCUGGACUGCCAGGCGAAGGUGCUGAGGGUGCUGGUGUCCCUGGUGAAGCUGCUGGUGCUGCUGGGCCUGCUCUACAUGUUCAUCUGCUCUCUGGACAUCCUCAGCUCCGCCUUCCAGCUUGUGGGAGGCAAAGCGGCGGGGGACAUUUUCCAGGACAACGCGGUCUUGUCCAACCCUCUGGCUGGUCUGGUCAUCGGCGUCCUGGUGACUCUGCUGGUCCAGAGCUCGUCCACCUCGUCCUCCAUCGUGGUCAGCAUGGUCUCCUCCGGGCUGCUGACGGUGCAGCUGGCAGUGCCCAUCAUCAUGGGCACCAACAUCGGCACCUCGGUCACCAACACACUGGUUGCCAUGACGCAGGCCGGGGACCGCAGCGUCUUCCGCAGGGCCUUCGCGGGCGCCACGGUGCACGACUUCUUCAACUGGCUGUCGGUGCUGGUGCUGCUGCCCCUGGAGGUGGCCACCGGGUACUUGUACGAGGUCACCAAGAUCAUUAUCGACUCCUUCCAAAUCCAGAGCGGCGAGCCCCCCGAGCUGUUGAACGUCAUCACGGACCCCCUCACAGACGCCAUCAUUGAGCUGGACAAGUCUGUCUUAAGUGAAAUAGCCACCGGGGACCCGGCAGCGCGGAACAAGAGUCUGAUCAAGAAGUGGUGCCAGACCUUCACCAACAUGAGCACAGUCAACGUGACCGUCCCCGGGCCUGAGAACUGCACCUCUCCCUCCGCCUGCUGGUCCGAGGGCGACAUGACCGUCACGCUGAAGAACAUCUCCACGACGUACAGCGUCAAGAAGUGUGAGCACCUGUUUGUGGACGUGCAGCUGUCCGACCUGGCCGUGGGUCUGAUCCUUCUGGCGCUUUCUCUGCUGGUGCUCUGCUCCUGCCUGCUGCUCAUCGUCAAGCUGCUCAACUCCAUGCUCAAGGGUCAAGUGGCGUCAAUCAUCAAGAAGAUCCUCAACACAAAUUUCCCCUUCCCGUUCGGGUGGGUCACAGGUUACAUCGCCAUCUUAGUCGGAGCCGGAAUGACAUUCAUCGUGCAGAGCAGCUCGGUUUUUACCUCCGCUAUCACUCCACUUGUUGGCAUCGGCGUGAUCAGCAUCCAGAGGGCCUACCCGCUGUCCCUGGGCUCCAACAUCGGCACCACCACCACCGCCAUCCUGGCAGCCAUGGCCAGCCCGGGAGAAACUCUGGACAACGCCCUGCAGAUCGCUCUGGUGCACUUCCUGUUCAACAUCUCCGGCAUCAUCCUGUGGUACCCCAUCCCCUUCACCCGCCUGCCCAUCCGCCUGGCCAAGGCCUUGGGCAACAUCACCGCCUCCUACCGCUGGUUCGCCGGCGUCUACAUCCUGUUCUGCUUCUUCAUCCUGCCGCUCCUGGUCUUCAGUCUGUCGCUGGCCGGCUGGCCGGUACUGGUGGGCGUGGCCUGUCCGCUGCUGGCGCUGCUGCUGGCCGUGCUGGUGGUCAACGCGCUGCAGAAAAGGAAGCCCGGGUGUCUGCCCGCCUGCCUGCGGACCUGGGACUUCCUCCCGCUCUGGGCGCACUCACUGGAGCCCUGGGACCGGCUGGUGGGCGUGGUCGCCGCCAAAUGCUGCUGCUGCUGCAAAUGCUGCCAAGCCGACGACGGCGGCGGCGCGGCGCUGGAGCACCCGCUGGCGUACGAUAACCCCGCCAUGUGUGGCGAGAAAGUGGAAGAAGGCGACGUGAGCGUUCUGAAAAUGACCAAACUUUGAGGCUGCAUUAUUGCGCAACGUGUUAUUUAUGUCCUCUCCACAUCCUUUCAAGCAGGGGUGUCCAAACUUUUUCCUCCGAAAAAUCAAAACACCCGGUGGCCAUUUUGAUUGUUUUCAUUUUCAAAACCAAUGCAACAUAUAGUUUUUUUUUUAAAAUCUUUUAGGGCUCGCCUCAAAUUUGGGACCCAGAAGUCAUAACAAUUUAAAAAAAUAAUUUCGGUUUUAACACUUACGUCACCACUUAGGAGACCGAUGAGCUUUGUCCGCAGGUUUGAUGACUUUUGGUGACACUAAAAAGACAAACAAUACAGUCAAUAUACACAUAUGUUAUGCACAUAUAUAAUGUAAUGCUACAUUACAAGGCAUGAAGAAGGAUAACAAAUAUCUAUUUGUGCGAGUGACGCCAUCUUGAAUGACAUCGUCGCUAAUGAGUAAGACAAAGAACUAUUUUCACAAUCACAAAUCGUGAAUUUAGCUCGCAAUAUUUCGGACAAAAACAAAGUUACAAAGUUCGACUUUGAAUACAUACCGGCGAUGCAACCUUAAACAAAAGAUAUAUGCAGUAUUUCUUUUUCAAAAAGAACCGCCGUGAAGUACGUGCCGGCACCGGAAGUCUCUUAACUUCCGGUUAAUAAAGUUUGAUUCAAAAGACACUUUUAAGAGAUGUAUUACCCGCCCUGACCACAUGAUGGCGACAUAAACACAUGUAACGAUGUUCAUUAAAAGCAUGACACACUUUAACAAGAGUUUACAACUUUUAGUUGCAACAAAACAAAUAUAAAUGUUCUUCUUUUUCAAUAUUCAACUUCCAGUCGAUAAAGUUGGAUUCAAAAGACACUUUUAAGAGAUGUAUUACCUGCCCCUGACCACAUGAUGGCGACAUAAACACAUGUAACGGUGUUCAUUAAAAGCAUGACACACUUUAACAAGAGUUUACAACUUUUAGUUGCAACAAAACAAAUAUAAAUGUUCUUCUUUUUUAAUAUUCAACGCGUGAAUCUCGAGAUUAGUGGUUCUCAAACUUUUUUCACCAAGUGCCACAUAAUGAUGAAAUACAGUAUCCUAGUAGGCCUAAGUAUUCAUUAAAAACAAGCCAGAGGGUUUUUUGUUGUUGUAACAUUACACACAGUUUGAACAGUAACACUGUGUUUGAAUAUGAGAAAAUACAACUGCUACAUUAUGAUAUUUAAUUAUGCGAUUCUCUGGCGUACAACUAGAUGGAGCCCGCAUACAACUAUGGUACUGGUACCACAGUUUGACAAUCACUUCUCUAAAUCAACUUGGGUCAGUCAAUAUAAAGUUAUUAUUAAUAAUUAUUUGUAUGGACUUUUUUGGCAAAACCCAUGUUUUAUGGCAAAAACACAAAAUAUGCAGUAU